GUAUUGAAAACAAAAUCGUUGCAUGUCCUUUUCUUGUUCAUUCCGAGUGAAAAAGGUGAUUUUCUUCUAAUUUUGAGCAAAAGAAAGCUAAGAAAAAGGAGUGAAAUAGCUUUAAGGUGAAGUGUUUUAUGGGAAUUUAGAAGAAUUCUGUGUUUUUUAUUCCGUGAAAAAGGUGAAAAGGGCUAAAAAUUUGUGAAAAAUUUAUUGGAGGGAUGCCUCUGCCGGCAUUUCGGGAUGCAUUUCCCCAAAAAGCAUUCCUGGAACCUCUAGAUGUCAUGUCCAUGGAGGUGUUUAUUGAUCAGGGAAAUGCCGUGGAAACCGUGGAAGAUUCAAUGGUUUUGGAUGAUUUUCCAAUGCAGGAAAUUAAUAUCCAGGCUUCGGAUUUCGAUUUUCUGGACAAUUUGCCAGAGCCAACUCUUGAGGGACCUAAAAAUCCCCCAGAAGCGACUUUAGACAAGUCCGAUGAGGCUCAAAGUCCCAUUUACGUGACUAUUCCGAGUAUUUCGGAGAAAGAAAAGCCUGUUGAGGCUUCUGAAGUCUCUGUGAUUGAGAAUCCAGGGAAAGAGCACAAUUAUGCUUUCCCUAAGCCCAUAAUUACGAUGCGUCCGUUGCAAACUGUGGCAAAAAUUGUCCAGGAAAAAGUUCCGGAGAAGAUUCUUGAGGAUGAAUUUGCCGAAUUGGCAAAGGCUGUGAUAUCUCUUCCAACGUUAUUCCCAAGAAAGCCUAAAUUGAGGGAGAGAAAGCAGAAAUUAGUGUUUAGAAUUGAGGAUGAAGACCCAGGGACUCCCAAGAAGAAGAUUGACAUUAACAGGGCCAGGAAGCAACUCUUCCCAGCUGAGGAGGAAAGUCCUCAGCUGCAGAAGACAGAUGAGGAAGAGGGAAAAGAGAACAAAAUUGUUGAGAAGAUUAAGAAGAAGAUGCCAAAGAAGCAGAAGAAGAAAGAAGAUUCUUUCAAGACACCAGAAAUUCAAAAAUCUCCGGAAGAUUUUCAAGAAACUCUCGUGGAAACUCGUCGAAGUCUCCGCCUAAAUACAUCUUCCAAUGAGCAGAAGAUCAAGGAGAUCUACCUCUCGUGUGACUUGUGCCAGAAGAUCUUCAAGGACAAGAGGAUCCUCAUCUAUCACCGAAAAGCUCAUUCAAAAUAGGCGCUUAGUGAGUACCAAUUUUCCUCCUCCACUCUCUUUAUUUCCUGCCCAAAAAAUCACUCAAGAAUCAGCUCUCAAAAACUUCUUGGUAUUCCUACCGCGUUUAGUAACUUUACUAUCAUCUCACAUAAAUCAGUUUGAAGAGAAACGCCCGUGGCGUUUGAAAGAAGAAGGAAAAAAAAUACUAAUUUCAGUUUAUAGCUUUUUGAUUUAUGUUUUUUCCCUUGGUUUAUGUUUCCUCCGAAGAAAAUCUAAUGAGGUUCUUAUUAUCUAAUUAUGCUAAACAAAUUUCAUAUUUAUUCCUUUGAUUUCUUGCCUGAAAAGAUAUUAUUGUCGUUAAUUUAAAAGAAAUCUGUUCAAAAAUACUUUUUAGGGAAAGGGUUUAAAAAAAGAAAAUUUCCAGAAUUCUUGCAUCCUACAUUCCAUUCAAAACUAUUCCAAGUGCAAAUGUGUUAUUGUGGAUUUGAAACCUAAGAAAUGUAGUAAAAUUUUAAUGUGAAAUAAUCAUUACAAAAAGAUUCCUUAUUAAUAAAAUCUUUUACUAA